AUUUCAUUCAUUUUCAUUUUCAUUUGCUCAUUUGCCAUCGAGAUCGUUAGUUCGUUGGUCCAUUUUGAUAAUUUAUGUUUCGUAAACAUUGGAAGAAAAACCUUGAGGCUAUUUUCAGUUUCAAAAUGUGGUGGAUAGUUUAUUUUUGAUCGUACUGACAAUUUCUCAUAAUGUGUAAUCUGUGUAAUCUAUGAUCAAACUUGAAGCCGUAGGCCAUGAACUAUGGCAGUGCUAGUGUCCAAUAUAAGUGGUCAUAUUCAAAAUCAGUUGACUAGGUCCUUAGAAAGAAUACUAGAAGAGGCGAACCAAAGUGGCGAGCUUAAACUGAGCAACAGAAAACUGAAAGACUUUCCAAAGACUGGUGAUAAGUAUAAUUUGAGCGACACUGUGAUUGCAGAUUUGUCCAAGAAUCGUUUCUGCGAAUUACCCGAGGAAAUUUUGGGUUUCCAUUUUUUAGAAAAACUCCAUUGCUACCACAACUCUAUUAGAUUAGUACCGGAUGCUGUCAACAACCUUCAGUGUCUGAGUUUUUUGGAUCUCAGCCGAAAUCAGCUGACUAAUUUACCUAGAGAGUUAUGUCAACUUCCUAUACAGAUCCUUCUAGUGUCCAACAACAACCUCACCGCCCUGCCGGACGAGAUGUGCCGCAUGUCGCACCUCACCGAGCUGGACGCCUCCUGCAACCGGCUCACCCACCUGCCGCCGCGCCUCAGCGAGCUGAGGUCGCUGAGGUCGCUCUGCGUGCGCGACAACCUGCUGUUGGCCGUGCCCGUGGAGCUGUGCGGUCUGAAGUUGGCGCGGCUGGACCUCAGAGCGAACCGGCUGGGCUGUCUGCCGGUGGAGAUGCGCGAAAUGGCGGGGCUGAUCGAGCUGAGCGUCGAGGAUAACCCGUUGACCAGUCCGCCUGCUAGCUUGUGCAAGCGCGGCAGAGUGCACAUCUUCAAGUACCUCGAGCUGGAGGCGAUGAAAGGCGAGGGCCGCAGGACGGACCAGGGCUCCGGCACGCUCGGCAGGCGGUCGAGGAGGAGCGGAGCCGGCUCGUCGCCCGGCCCCCUGCAGAUGUCCGACCGGCUGAAGCACAAACGGCAGAACGUCGACAGCGGCUACAGCACGAGCAGCGAUUGCUACGACAAGAGGUGGUCGCAGGAGAUCAACGCCAAAACUGUAGAUCAGAACGGCACACAAUCUACUUUAUCGACACCUUCAACGAUAUCUCCUGCUCCUGAAUGCAAUUCCGAGGAAGACUUGACAAAAACCAGCAACGGAUCUGAUGAACUGGACAAGUUCUUAGAUUGUAGAAAUAAGGAAUAUCUCAGUGCACGUCUCAGUCCUUGUUCUGAUAUCUUGUCUAACAGUAAUGGAAUCGAAGAUAAAAAGCCUUUACACCAAAUACAAACUUACAGAGAGUACAAAGAAGCCCUCAAACAACAGCGGGCGCAAGACGUGCCUUCCAUAUACCGAGCGAAAGACGACCAAAACUACAAAACGGAACCGAACACGCCCACUCAUCGACUGUCCCCCGCCCAAACUCUCGCCUCCUCCCAAUCGGACCCCACCCCUUUGAAUGCGCACGCCUUCGCCGUGUUCGACGAAUCGAACGGCAAGAAGCUGGUGCAGAAGGUGCCGCCCACCAGGACGUACUCGCCCAGUCACGUGAACGGGGUGAACGGCACCGCCAAGAUAUCGAGUUACGUCAAACCGAAGUCGCCUGUCAAAGGUUCCAGUGAAAUCAUGUCGCACGACAACGUGCCGGCUCUGAGACCGGCGCCGGCCAAUGGUAAAGCUUCCAGCAUAAAGGGGUACGCGAGCAGCACCCCGAAGACCGCCGGGACCGCGAAGACUCCGAGGAACAUCAGUUGGAAUCGCGAUUUGCCCGCCGAGAAGCUAUCGUUCACGAUGCGCCGGGAGAUCGACAAGGCCAAAGAAGAGACUGAUUUGAUCAACCAGCUGAGAAACAUUAUUGAGGCUAAAUUGAAGAUGGUGUUGCCCGAAGAUUUGGCUUCCUCACUGACAGAUGGCGUGGUUUUGUGUCAUUUGGCGAACUAUAUAAGGCCCAGGUCUGUCGCUAGCAUUCACGUUCCUUCUCCAGCAGUGCCAAAGUUGACGAUGGCCAGGUGCAGGAGAAAUGUCGACAACUUUAUCGAAGCAUGUCGAAAAAUUGGUGUAGAUGAGGAUCGCCUGUGCAGCAGCCUCGACGUCACCGAAGCCCUGUGCGGCAGGGGCCUUCCGCGGCUCCUCGACACCGUGGAGUGCCUUUGCGGCCUCGAAAUCAAUCAAAAGGGGACGACGCGAAGGCGUUCGAGGACAAGCGGCACCCUGCAAGAUACCACAGUCUCAUUCCUGUUGUUGGGGGCGUUUUUGGGGACGGUGUGGUUGCUUUUCGUGUUCCCGCCGUCGGGUUGAGAGGGCGUUAUGUGAAGAGUGUGUACAGGGUGUUGUCGAAUGAGUGGGAAAGUUCUUAGGGCGUGAAUCCUUGUAAUAGUGUUUGCUUCGUUUUUGAGACACGCAGAGUCUUUUUGCAUAUUUCAAAGAAACUUGAUUGUUUAGUAACAAGUAGCUUCUAUUGGUGCAAUUAGAUCGGAAAUAAUCAUUUCAGUGGUAUGGCCGUAGGUUACCUUGAAUAUAUUUAAGGUAGGUAUGUAUAUUUGUACGCUACUAUUUUUUCUGAGUGCCAUAUUUUCAUUAGAUUGAUCAACUGAAAAUCAAACUUUCUUGUGCCUCGAGUUAUUUUUGUAUCUUAUGCACAGAUCUUGUGUAGCUUUCAAGAAAAGUGAUAGAAACCUGAUUCAACUUGUAGCUGCUCUCAAGACAUCCAUUGAGAUUACUCAAUAAGCGUCAUUAUGAAAUUUUGAGACUUUGUUAGUCACUAUCCAGACUAAAUUUUGACAUCAUCAAAGACUAUACAGGGUGAGAAAAAAACGAUAUUUCCUGUAUCUGAAAAAUGAAGCAAGUUGGGACAAAUGUUUUAUCCCAUUCAUGUGAACUCUCUAAAAACGUUCGCGCUAAUUUGGCAACACCCUGUAUAGAUCCACCUUUAAUUAUGUGGGAACCUCUCGAAUUCUAUGAGUUUGCAUUAAAGUUUUAUAAUGCAAGCUUUUCAAAUGAGCUAUUUUCGAGGUCAUUAUGCAAUUCGCGGUCAUCAAGUUCAUUACAUGACGUUGCAAUAACAUUAAAAACGGCAGAAAAACAUGCCAAUUUAUGUCAUGAGGUGGGAUGUUUUCCCGUAGUUUUAAAUGUUAUCGAAACGUCAUCUAUUGGCCUUGACGACCGCGAAUAUUAUAUCCGCGGUUUUUAAGGUCAUUAUCUGACAUGGCGAUGACGUUAAAACUACGGGAAAACAUACUAACUCCUGGCAUAGGUGCAAAGUUGGACAUGUUUUCCCCAGUUUUAACAUCAUCGCAACGUAAGAUGAUGACCUUGAAAACUGCGAAUUAAAAAUGUUUCCCCCACUCGGAACUAUUUCUUUUCUCUUUGAAAUAUGAAUACCAGUGAAAUUCAAAUGAAAACUUGAAACGUUCUCUAUUUGAAUAAUACAGGGUGUUAUAGGAACCCUUUAUAAUUCUUUGCAUAUUCAACAGUUUACUUCAUGUCCUAUCCCUGAGCUUUCCUUUUUUUAUGUGAAAUAUUCGACUUCAUUUAGUGCAUUUGCUCUAUAUUAGUUUUUCAUGCGACGAAAAUAACAACUAUAUUGAAUGAGCUUCCAUAUAAUCGAAAAAUGUCAUCCUGAAAAUUCCACACCUGCCUUUUGUAGGGUCAUAAGCUUUCAUUUGAAAUAAUUCCGGACAAUAUCUUCUUCAUAGACCUGUGAUUACACUGAAAAUUCAUCAAAUUUUUGAAGUGACAUUU